CUGUAUGUCCUAUGACACACUCAGUGCCUGAAAGAUCGAUAACUUGGGAGGACAAUAUAAGAAUUGCAAUUAAAAUGGCAAGGAGCAUGCUGGUGAAAGUCGUUCUCAUCUGUUACUUGGUUCAUACUCAAUCAAGUUUUGCACAGAACUGUCCUUUCAAGUGUGACUGCUUUAAUACAGUCAACGUUUUUUGUUCCGGUUCCACUAUUUUCAAGAUCCCCACUGAUAUUCCUGCUAAUGUCAGUGAACUCACGUUUGUAGAGACUUCCAUAGAAAAGCUGAACAAUGCAUCUUUCAUAAGUCACAAUGAUUUAAAAAAACUAUUUUUUGUCAACAACAAUAUAAAUUCCAUAAGUGAAAAUGCGUUUCAUGGGCUGUAUAAUCUCUCUGAUUUGCAGAUAACAGGCAACCCACUUGUGGACCUGGAACCUGAGACAUUUAGUGAACUUCCAGAACUUAAAAAACUCACAAUUACACACAAUGCAAUCAAGGUUGUACGCUGUAGACUCUUUGAUAAGACAACAAAAUUAGAAUUGCUUGCGUUACAGGGAAACAACAUCACACAAAUAUGCAUCACUGCUUUCACGUACUUGGGGAAUCUGCGUGAACUUAACCUAGGUUCUAAUGAAAUUACCAGACUAGAUUUUAAUAUGUUCGGAUCGCUAUCAAACCUUAACAUUCUCAAACUAAACCACAACCAUAUAACUCAGAUACCAGUAGGAAGCUUUGAUAAACUAAAACAACUUACUGAGUUAUUACUACAGGGAAAUCAUUUAGAUCUGAUUCAGGAUAAAUGUUUUGAAAAACUGACAAGCUUGAAGAAGCUCAAUCUUAUUUCCAACUCCAUUAAAAAUCUACCAUCUCGUGUUUUUUCCACAAUGCACAAUCUGAUAUGGCUCAACAUAGAGAGAAACCAGAUUACAGAUCUCCCUGUCGGGAUUUUUGAUGGAUUACAAAAUGUAACCAGCCUUUCUCUGAGUGAAAACCAAAUGAAGGGCAUUCCAGAAGGUGUUUUUUCCAACUUAGUCAAACUAGAAAUAUUAUUUUUGUCUGGCAAUCAGAUUGAAACAUUACAAGGCAACACUUUUCAUGGUCUUGAGUCUCUGACCCACCUUUAUCUUGAAAACAACAAACUACGUGUCAUUGAUGGCAAUACAUUUAAAAAUCUGACUGGUUUGCGUGUCAUCAGUCUUAAUCACAACGAUCUGACAAUGCUCCCAGAAGGCAUAUUUGAUCCACUGUACAACAUGAUAUCAAUAGUCCUUCAUAGUAAUCCUUGGUGGUGUGACUGUUCAUUGCUCUAUCUUUAUAAAUGGAUACGUGAAAACCAGGAUCUGACGCAGGUUUCGGAAAUUGCGUGUGCAGGGCCACAGCACCUACUGGAAAAACCAAUCAAGCUUUUGACACAACGACAGCUAGACUGUCCUCCACAAGAUGACCUGCAAACAUCAUUUAAGAGUGGGGAGAACACAGUCACUUAUGGGUCUGACAGUGACAAAACUUCUGUCCCCAGGACCUGCAAGGCAUUGUUAGUCAACAAUAGUAGCUUCAUUCUUAAUUGUGAGCUGAUGGUGUGUACAGAUGUUAAUAUUCAUAUCUCAAUUUUUAAGGAAUCCAAAAACAAAACAUACUAUCACAGCUACACAAAUGAAGGAUCUGGCUGUGCUGUCACUAACGUUAAUUUCACAAUCACAACCACAUAGAGAAUAUUCUGAUAUACACACUAAAUAUUUUAUUACAGUAUAAUACAAACAUAAAUGCACUAAACUACAGAACACAUACAAAUAUCAGUAUAAAAUCUGUGUAGUACUGUAGUACUGUAAUUUAGCAAUUAUAAUAUAUAAAAGACAACAAAUCCUAAUACAUACAUACAGAUUUUCAUAUGUUGUGACUAAGGACCUGAUUCAGAUGUGUACGGAAAACCUGAUGGUUUACAUAUAAAUCCGAUGUGUGUUGGUCUGUGCAGGCGCAAGACCCAUUAUGCGCAUAUGCAGAACGGGUCUUGUGAUAUCGCUCACAGCCCCCUCUUAGUGCAUUGCAGAACUGGUCUUGUGAUAUCACUCACAGCCCCCUUUUAGCUGCAGCAUGAUUAUCAUGCUGCAGAGUUUGGGAGCAGCAACCGGUACCAUUCUUCAAAACGUUGGCACAUCGCCCCUGUUUUGAAGGCAUGUUGGGCCCAGGGUCUGCAUCGUCGGACGCAGACUACCUAGACUUGGCUUUCCGGAUCCUAUGGCAAGUCUCAGAAGGCCUCUGUUUACUGAUGUGGUCUGCUAAUAUUGCGAGUUGUAACCAUCGAUCCGAUGCUGUGACAGAUCUUGCAGAUGCAUGCAGGAGGCUGCAGAUGUAUGCAGGAAGCUGCAUUUGCAUUUUAUUUGUACAGAGUUGCUCAGACGCUUCCCUGCAGCUGUGCAACUCCAUACAAAUCAGAAUCAGGCCUUAAACAUUAAAAUCACAUAGAGAUUGCUACAAAGAUAAUUUCAAAUAUAUUGCAGUAAAAACACAACAAUUAUCUCAAACACGUGUUACACAUAAAUAUAGUACCAUGUAUACAUUGCAUAAUAUGAAAAAACAUCAACUUAAUAGUACAACAGAAUAAGCUUUAAUCACAGCUACACUGUAGAAUAAUACUGUUUCCCCUGCUGCCUAUGAAGCAUUAACACUGAGCCCUGCAUGCUUUUAAUUGAACCAACAGCUAAAAGCCCCUUUCCCCAAAAAUCAGUACAAAUAAAAAAUGUAAAUUUUAAUAAUAAAAAAUAAAUAAAAGAUAUUUGUGUAUCA